AUGAGAGCUACCAUUUUGUCUUUGGCCAGUGUGGCCUUCCUUAUUGCAUCCGUCUCCUCUGCACCUAUCGAGAAGCGCGCUGCUGCCGACAAGCUCGUUGUCGGAUACUGGGUUCCAUGGGGUGAUGUUCCAGUCUCGGCUGUUGACUUCUCCAAGUACACUCACAUCAACUACGGUUUUGGUGUGAUGAAAAAGAGUGCCCCCAGCCCUGCAGAUAUUGUGUUUGAUCGUUACUACGAUGGUACUCCCAUGAGGGAGUUGGUCAAGAGGGCAGCUCCUUACAAGGUCCCCAUCUUGAUGUCAAUUGGUGGCUGGACCGGUUCCGAGACCUUCUCCAUCGUGGCCGCAGAUGCUGCUCUGCGCAAGACUUGGAUCAACAACGCCUUGGUCUUCGUCCGCAAGAACACCCUUGGCGACAGUGCAGAGAAGCCCAACGGAUGGGACAUGGAUGGUAUUGAUAUCGAUUGGGAGUACCCUGGACGCGCUGGUGCCCCAUGCAACACCUACACUCCUCAGGACUCUGCCAAUUACCUCCUCUUGUUGAAGGAGCUCCGUGCUGCUUUGGAUGCAGAGUUCCCCACCAACCGUAAGCUCGUCACCGCUGCUGUCCGUGUUCAGCCUUUCGAUGGCACUAGCGGCAGACCUAUGAGCGAUGUUUCUGCCUUUGUUCCUUACUUUGACUGGCUCUCCAUCAUGGCUUAUGAUAUCCAUGGAUCAUGGAGCAGAACUACUGGACCAAACGCUCCUUUCGGCACUCCCUCAGCUCCAGGUGAACCCUUCGGAGUCAUCCAAUCCGUUACUUCAUGGAGGUCUGCUGGAUGGCCUUCUGACAAGUUGGUUGUCGGUACUGCUUUCUACGGUACUGCCCUCACCGCCACUGUUGAUAUGAAC